CAGAUUAGUUUUGUGGGGACGAGAAUUCCUUCCUGCGUGACCUCCGGCUGCCGGCACUGUCCUCUGCAGCAGGAUGACACGGCACGGCAAGAACUGCACGGCUGGGGCUGUCUACACCUACCACGAGAAGAAGAAGGACACAGCGGCCUCCGGCUAUGGGACCCAGAACAUUCGAUUAAGCCGGGAUGCUGUGAAGGAUUUCGACUGCUGUUGUCUCUCUCUGCAGCCCUGUCACGAUCCUGUUGUCAGCCCUGAUGGGUACCUGUUCGAGCGGGAGGCCAUCCUGGAGUACAUUCUGCACCAGAAGAAGGAGAUUGCCCGGCAAAUGAAGGCCUACGAGAAGCAGCGGGGAGCCCGGCGGGAGGAACAGAAAAAGCUGCAGCGUGCGGCUGCCCAGGACCAGGUUCGGGGCUUCCUGGAGAAGGAGGAGGCCAUCGUGAGCCGGCCCCUCAACCCUUUCACAUCCAAGGUCGCCUCGGGACCCAGCACAGAGGAGGGCCAGCCCGGGCCCAGCGCCGCAGCUCCCAGCAAGGACAAGGACAGGGACAAAGCACUGCCCAGCUUCUGGAUCCCGUCGCUGACGCCUGAGGCCAAGGCCACCAAGCUGGAGAAGCCGUCCCGCACCGUCACCUGCCCCAUGUCGGGGAAGCCGCUGCGCAUGUCCGACCUGACGCCCGUGCGCUUCACCCCCCUGGACGACUCGGUGGACCGCGUGGGGCUCAUCACGCGCAGCGAGCGCUACGUGUGCGCAGUGACCCGCGACAGCCUGAGCAAUGCGACGCCCUGCGCCGUGCUGCGGCCCUCGGGGGCGGUGGUCACCCUCGAGUGCGUGGAGAGGCUGAUCCGGAAAGACAUGAUGGACCCGGUGAGCGGGGAUGCUCUCACGGAACGCGACAUCAUCGUUCUGCAGCGGGGCGGCACGGGCUUCGCGGGCUCAGGGGUGAAGCUGCAGGCAGAGAUGUCCCGGCCAGUGAUGCAGGCCUGAGCACGGUUGCCGGUAAACUAAUAAACGGGAAAAUCCACACAAACACCACAACAAACUACCAUGUUGGUGUGUGUUUUGUAACAGCCCCAGCUGGAGAUGAUCUGGUUGAUCAGCAGAAAAAUGGGUGAAUUAUGAGCCAUCCACCAUGGUGGAUGCUG